AUGGAAUCUAGCGGAGUUGAUUCAAAAAAUAAACCAAGGCACCAUCCUCUAACUCCACCUAGAGUACUGAGGGGUGUUCUUUGUUUGAUUGUGCUAGUUUUAACGGCAUUUAUAUUGUUGGUGUAUUUUGGCUUUUGGACUGCAGUUGUCUUGAGGUUUUUCAGCGUACGCUACAGCAGGACCGCAACAGCGUUCUUUUUUGGAAUUUGGAUAGCCUUGUGGCCUUUCCUAUUCGAGAUAAUCAACAAGACUAAAGUGGUCUUCUCAGGAGACAGUGUUCCAGCUAAAGAACGCGUUUUGCUUAUUGCAAACCAUAGAACUGAGGUAGACUGGAUGUACUUAUGGGAUCUUGCCCUGCGAAAGGGGCGUGAGGGUUACAUAAAGUAUAUCCUUAAGAGCAGUUUGAUGAAAUUACCAGUAUUUGGUUGGGUUUUUCAUAUAAUGGAGUUCAUUCCCGUAGAGAGGAAAUGGGAGGCCGAUGAAUCAACCAUGCGCCAGAUGCUGUUAACCUUCAAUGAUCCUCAGGAUCCUCUUUGGCUUGCUGUUUUCCCAGAAGGCACAGAUUUCACGGAACAAAAGUGCAUACGUAGUCAAAAGUAUGCUUCUGAGCAUGGACUCCCUGUUCUGAAGAAUGUGCUGCUUCCAAAGACAAAGGGGUUUUAUGCAUGUUUGGAGAGUUUAAAGGGCUCCUUGGAUGCAGUUUAUGACAUCACAAUUGGAUACCGACACCGUUGCCCAACUUUCUUGGAUAAUGCCUUUGGAGUUGACCCCUCUGAAGUUCACAUCCACGUUCGGCGUGUUCCCCUUAGUGACAUGCCGACAUCAGAAGAUCAGGUAGCUUCUUGGUUGAUGGAUACAUUCAGCCUCAAAGAUCAAAUGCUAUCAGAAUUUUAUUCGAAAGGCCAUUUCCCUCACGAAGGAAUAGAAGGAGGCUUGUUUACCAUGAAGUGUGUAGUGAACAUUGUUCUUGUAAUGAUCUUGACUGGAACAUUUGCAGCCAUUGGGAGCCAGCCCUCAAUGGCAAAGGGUGAAGAACCCAUUUGUGGCAUAACCCCUGAUGAUUUAAUGACAUGCAAGCCGGCGGUGGUUGGACCAACCGGUCAGCCACCUUCGGCCGCUUGCUGCAUGGCUCUUUCCAAUCCAAAGGCAAACUUGCCAUGUCUUUGUACAUUCAAGAGCUCCCCAUGGAUCAAGUUCCUCGGAAUUAACCCUGACCUCGCCACAAAACUCCCUGUCAAUUGCAAGAUUGACCCGUCUUUCCAUUGCUAA